CAUACACACAAAUAUAUACAUAUAUAUACAUAUACAAAUAGAAUACAUUUUAAGGAGGGAGUGGCAUGUUUUUACCGCAAUUAAAAAUUCACAGUGUUUUGAAACCAGCAUCCGAGACCAAAUACCGAUCGUAAAUUUUGCUCAUUGUGCUGCAUGUGUAUGAGUGUCUCUAUAGUUUAUGUGUGUGUGCCUAUUUAAUAAAAUGACAAAGAAUAAAAACCAAUACAAAGCGAAAUGCCAAAAGAAGGCGAUUCCUGGAAAUAGAGCGAACGUUGUAACGAAUCAAUCGACGCCACCAGCAUGCAUGCUAACGCCACCGGCAACGCCGCCCACGCAUGCAAAUAUUAAUGUUGGAUUAGACAACAAAAACAAUUUCGAUAUGUACCCCAAGCCGCCAAGGAAUCCAUGGGAACGCGAGCUUAUCGGCAACUUUCUGCUAAAGAUGGCUGAAAAGCAAGUGGUCAGUGCUCGCAGCGGCUGGUUUGUGGACAAAUAUAAGUUGCGCUGCGAAUUUAGGGCGCAUCUGCUCGAUGAGCCCAAUGGAAAUGAGAUGCAUGCAAAGCUAUCCUCUAACAAUUGUGCUUACAAUAUCGGUUCACUGUUGCAGCGCACAAAUUUCUUGAUGAAUACGCCGCGUGGUAACUCCAACUACCGCAUCAAGGACUUGGCACUUAUGGAGUUUCGUAAGGAAAAGUAUAAUGCUAUGGACGAGAGGCAGCGGCAAAACGAUUGUGUCGAUGUCAGCGAUAAAGCGGACAACUCCAUUGAUGGAUCCAUAACUCAAAAACUAACGCUGGAUGAGAAUGCUGAGUCGGUGCCCUUAAUGUAUCAAAAAACGCAGAAACAACAACGAAACGCUGACUUUGAGCUCAGCUCGCUUGGUUGUUAUAUCUGUCAAAGUAAUUUUGAUAGCAUUGAGAAGUACGAAGAGCAUAUUGAGUAUCAUGGCGAUGAGUCGGACUUUGAAUCGCUAAGGGCAAUGGCAAAGAACCCGGAGCCGAUGAUCAAACUGUCGUAUCAAACGUGUGUCGAUAGCCAUUACUUUGCUUUUACGCUGGAGACACAACUGAAGCAGCAGCAGUUGACCAUUGAGAAGUUCAUCAUUGUGCAGUCGCGACAAUUCUAUUAUGUGUCCAAUAAUCGUUUGCUGGACGUGGAUGAGAAUCAGCAGACUGAUCGUCAAUUGUACUUUGUGGACUCGCAUGUGUUUAUGAUUCUACGUGAACAGCCCAUAGUCAUUUGCUUUAGUCAGCUGGUGAAUGGACAGCGUCAGCACUAUGUGGAGCAGCAUCAUUUUAUGCGCACCGAGGCGCUGCCCAAGGCCAAUUUCAAUGUGAAUCCAUACAGAUUGUCGAGCAAGAAGCUGUUUCGCAGUGGACGCCUGGAGCCGGCCAUACCGCCGCCUGCGGUGGUAUCAGCGGUUAAGCGCGAUGCCUACGAGGCGGAGCAGCGCUUGGUGGAGUUUAACAAAGAGUAUCGCAACUAUUGUGAGCUGCAGCGGCAGUUUACAUUGUCGAAUAUAUUUGGCACAUUGCGCACGCUGCUGCAAGUGGAGGAUAUAGAGCGACUGCAGUGCUAUGUGGCGCUCAAGCAGUCCAAGAUGGAGCUGCAUCAGUUUGGCAAGGAGUUGAGCGUAAAGCUGCAGCCGAAUGCGCGUAAUAUAAGCGCCGAGGAUGUGCUCUCACCCGGCGAUGAUGUGCUGAUCAUCAAUGAACGCAGCCAGACUGUGCCGCAGACGGAGCUGUUCAAGGCAAACAGCAUGCGUCAGCUGCUGGAUAAUAAUGGCAUUUUAUUGGAGCUGGCGCUUAAAGAUUUCGAUGCAUUGAUUGAAUGGGGACGUAAGAUGAAUGAGCUGUUUGGACAGCCGGAGAAGGAGCGACGCGAGCCGCGUGUUUACUUUGCACGCGUGCUGGGCGUCUCGGCGCAGCGUGUCAACAUCACCUGUGAUCGUCAUCUGCCCGAGAACACCACCUAUUCCUUGGUCUUUCGUCCGGUGCGCGCUGUGCUGCGUUAUCAGUAUCGCGCUCUGAACCAGCUGAAGUUGACAACAGUGGAGCAUGUGCAGCGUUUGCUGUUCCCGCCGGUCGUCAGCAAGGAGCCCUUGGCGCUAGGUGCGCUCUGUCUGCAUAAUGCAUGCAUUGGCACUAAUCCGGAGCAGCAUCAGGCUGUGCAGCAAAUCGCUUUGUGUAAGAAACUGCCAGCACCUUAUAUCGUAUUUGGACCGCCCGGCACAGGCAAGACGGCCACCAUUUGUGAGGCCAUCUAUCAGCUGUUUGUGCGUCGUCCCGAAACGCAUAUUCUGGUGCUUGCCGGCUCGAACACGGCCUGCGAUGAGAUCGCUUUGCGACUGCUGCGCGCCAUUGCCAAUGCCAAUCUGCCCACUCAGCCGCGUCCGUUGACGCGCAUCUUUGCCGCCAGCUGCGAUCGACGCAUAGACAACAUUGAUGAUCUGCUCCUGGAGUACUCCAACAUGUAUGCGCUGCACUUUUAUCCGCAUGUGCAGACCGUACACGACUAUCGCAUUGUGGUGUGUACGCUCAGUUUGGCGGGCAAGCUGUCGACGGGCGGUUUUGGUCGCGAUGAGAAUAAGCAGAGCGUCUUCUCACAUGUCUUUGUGGAUGAGGCGGCGGCUUCGACAGAGGCAGAGGUGCUUAUGGGCAUUACCUGCACCAUGGCAGCAUCGACCAAUUUAAUAUUGUCUGGCGAUCAUAAGCAAUUGGGUCCGGUGCUGCAGUCGCAGCGUGCCGGAGAUUGGGGCUUGGCAGUUUCGCUGUUUGAUCGUCUGCUGCAGCGCGAGUGCUACCGUUUGGACGAGAAUGGUGAUUACAAUGUGGCCGUACAAACGCGUCUGCGACGUAAUUAUCGUUCCCAUCCGGAGAUUGUCUCGCUCUACAGCAAUCUGUACUACAACAGCGAACUCCAAUCGGAGGCGGCAUUGGAGAAUGUUUGCCUUGCUAAGAAUUGGUUUCAUACGCCCAAUGAAAACUUCCCCAUUAUGUUUCAUUCCGUCUUCGGCACUACCAUGAAUGCCCAGAGUUCGCUUAGUCUGUGCAACAAUAAGGAAAUCGAUGCUGUUAUGGAUUAUGUCAAGGACCUUAUGUAUUUUGGCAUUGAUGGUGAAAAGCUGAAGCAAACAGACAUUGGCAUUAUAUCGCCGUAUAAGAAUCAGUAUCAGCGCAUCCAGGAGCAGCUCAACAUGCGCAACUGGCAUCAUAUUGAUUGUGGCUCGGUUGAACUGUUUCAGGGCAAAGAGAAGCAAAUCAUAAUUGUUUCCUUUGUGCGUUCGUUUACAGAAAAACUUGGUUUCCUCAAUAAUAGUCGGCGUCUAAAUGUUUUACUUUCGAGGCCCAUGUCUUUGCUCAUUUUGAUUGGCAAUCCGCGCACGUUGAGUAAAAAUGAUGAGUUUCGUCAUAUUAUUGACAUGUGUCGCGAUCGCAAGACCCUUGUGGGUGCACCCUAUUUCCCCGAUGACGUCAAGUUGAACGAGGCGAACUUGACGCCAAAUACACCGCGCAGCACUGGGCCAAGGCAGACGCAGACGCAGAGCACAGCAAGUGAGGAUUUGCAGUCAUUGGGACAGACAUUGAAGCGAACUACUUUGCGAAAUAAAAUCCAGCUUUCGGCGGCUACUAAAAUGGUUCACAACAAGGAGGAGCUGCUUCAGAUGGUUAACAACAAAGAAGAGUUGCUCAAGCAGACGGCACCUGCAACUAAACCCGCUGCACCCAGCAAAGCCACCGAGCUGGACAAGCUGUUUGAAGAGCUGCCAAGUGUGCCGCGAUUUGUGGACAAUGAAUCGGAAGCAGUGCGUAGCAUAAGAGCACAAAUACAGGCGCUAAAAAUGCAGCAGAAGUCCGCAAGCACAGCUACAACGCCCAUUCCAGAAGUGCUUAAAUCUCCGACUGUAUCGCCAACUGCUGCAGCAGCAACUGCAGCAAGGCCAGCUACGGUGACUGUUACUGCAACAAGAGCAACAUUUUCAAUGCAGUCGCAGCCAUUGUCGGAUCGGGCCAGCGAGGCCUUUGAGGUCUUACAUAUACCCAGUGCGCCACCAGCAAGUCCGGGCGUAAAGCGAGCAACGCAGUACUCUCACAUUCCCACGGGCAGUGCACGCUUCCAUAAUCCAGGCACCCAGGGCAAUGGCGUCCCUCAACGCACCACAUUGCCGCCGGAGUAUGCUCGUCCGCCGCCAUUCUACUAUAGAGCACAUAUUGGGCAGCCUACACCAUCUGCACCGCCGCCGCGUGAAGAAAAGAAAAAAAGCAAUUGUGUCAUUUCAUAAUUUCACAAUUUUACCUGUAGCAUUCUUAAAGCUACAUAUUAGAAGAAUUGCAGUGUGACAAUAACAAUAUUAUUGUCCAUGUAAUUCUUUUCGAGACUUUUGCUGUUUGUAUCAUGUUGCAACGACGCUAUGCGCUGCCACAUGCCA